AUGACAUCCACUUCAUCCGAGACCGACGUAUUCACUACACCACAAACGAGUCCAUCACCGAUAGCAACAUGCCAACUACCUAGCCAUGUUUCUGUGCAGCCCGGAUUUCUCGACUUAGAAUUCGAUGAAUCUCGAUUUUCCUUUCCAAACAAGGUCAGGGGUAUCUGUUGUUCGGCCAAGAGCGUCUGUUAUUCCAAUUGUCACUGGCCCGAGCAACCUGAGCACAAGUACCUCUUUGAUCAAGCAUCAGGAACGUGGGAGAAGCUUGAGCCGGAAUUCAAAAGGAUAUGGAAUAAGACAUGGAAAAGAUCCCGUACAGUUGUACUAUGCAGGGCCGAGCUACGACUGGCUGGUGUUCACCAUCCCAACGAGCGGCGAAUUAUCAUACGACCAAGCAUUUGGAUAAUGACGACCGAUAAGGCCAUUGGAAACAGUACUGUCUGGAAAAGGCUUCAGACGAAAGUUCGAGAACUCGGACUCAACUCAGACCAGUACGCAUCGAUAUUCGCUGAAGGUGGAACAUCGUUAGCAAACGGUCCAGCUUCUGUCCCCUUAGAACGUUUAAGCUUGGCAAGGGGCAUUGAGUUCUCGCGUGGCGCAACUCUACAUACUCAUGCUACUUGGGAGACCGCCAGUAUACACUACGAAUGUGGUGAGAUAUGUUUAACCACCAUCGUUAAAAACGGGCAAAUAGUAUAUCAGGAGGCAUCACGCAUCGGAGGCUUACUGGUUAUCAAUGCCUCACUUUCGGCGGGGGUGACAUCUGGCCAUACUAUACUCCUUUACUUCUUACAGAACCCGGAGGAGAUGGGUCCAACAGACGAGGAUGAUCUACAAAGUAGCUCUCGAGGUUCUGAUUCGGAGUCCUGGUCGGAGGAUCAGGACGGACCAGAGAGUAAUGAUGAGUGCGAGAUUGUGGAGAAUGAUAUCAAUAGCCGAGGCCCAAUUUCUGAUCUUGGUUACGUGGAUCUCGAAAAGGUCAGCCGCUGGGUUCCAAUAACCCCAUCAGGAAUGAUAAACUUUAUACAGCAAGCCGAGGUCGAGCUUUUGCUCGAGACUCCGUAUGCCAAGCUUACCAAUCUUUCGACAGGCCCAAUACCAGCCGACUUCGCUCUUGUACCUCGAGAGGAAUUUGGUGCUCCUCUGGGUCAGAAGGACAACAUAUACUAUUUCAAUGGACGAAAGAGUGUAUCCAAUAUAAGUCCUGACUCUCAAGUAUCAGCGAAUGGGCAUGAAAUACUGGUCUUGCUGGGUAGUGGAAUUGAAGGUUCGGCAGGUUUCCUGCAACCGACAAGAUUGCCCUUCUCCAUUGGGAGUACGACGAUAUGGGCACACAAAAUUCACCUGACAGCACCUUUGGGUGAGUGA